AUGCUUUAUGUGUUGAUAUGCAUUUUCAGUUAUUUUCUGGGCGACUCACCAACAGAACUUGAUGCUCUUGCAUUUGGUCAUCUGUACACGAUUUUGACAACCGAGCUGCCAAACAUGGAGCUGACGAAUUGUCUUCGGCGCUACGCAAAUUUAACCGAAUUCUGCCAGAGGAUUGAUAAGCAGUAUUUCGCACCAAAAUCCGAUGAGAAAUGA